GCAGAGUACAAUUCACAAGGAAAAGAUUUCAAAAGGAAGAUUUAGUCGUUGCAGCCAAAAACGACAAAAGAAGCUUCUAGAAAUUGAAAAGAAAAGAAAUAGAGAGUUGUGAAAAUUUGGACGAGGCUUUCACUGGGCAAUUUGUGAAUUCAUUGAAGGAGAAAACGAGCAUUCAGAUGGACGGACUUCAAUCAAGUAUAAAAAACAUUAAUCUGUAUGACGUUAAAGCAGCGGUUCGCAAAGCGCAAAAUGUGGUGAUGAAUUAUACUUCGACGGAAGCCAAAGUGCGUGAAGCCACCAACAACGAACCCUGGGGUGCAAGUACGUCUCUGAUGAUGGAAAUUGCACAAGGAACGCAUAACUAUUCUCAGUUAAAUGAGAUUAUGCCGAUGGUUUACCGCAGAUUCACUGAAAAAACAGCUGAAGAAUGGCGACAAAUAUACAAAGCGCUUCAACUGCUGGAAUUUUUAGUAAAGAAUGGCUCCGAGAGAGUCAUUGAUGAUGCUAGAGCACAUCAGGCAACAAUAAAGAUGUUGCGCAACUUUCAUUAUAUUGACCGUUAUCAAAGAGACCAAGGAUUAAACGUGAGAACGAGAGCGAAAGAGUUGGUAGAAUUACUCAACGACAAUGAUCGCAUUCGUCAAGAAAGAAGAAAGGCUCGACAGACGCGCGGUAAAUAUUUCGGUGUAGGUAGCGACGGUGAUGCAAGAGUGUCUUCUGGAUCCCGCCCGAGAUUCUCAGGCUUUGGAGGCUCUCCUCGUACCGCAAGUUAUAGAAACCGCGUCUAUGGGGAUGGCGGUGGCUUCACAGACUUUAGUAGUGGCGGUGGUUUCCGUGACUCGUCUUCGUAUAGCGAUACACAUGAUCAUUCCGAAUACGACGAGUAUAAUGAAAAUCACGAUAGUGCCGGCCCUCAUGCACUCGCACCUAGGGCAACUCCACGUGCUACGAGGAAUGCUGAGCUGAAUGCUACUUCAGUCUCUUCCCCACCUAAGCAAGAGCAACAGUCUGCCGUAGCUGAUCUUCUUGGACUCGAUGAGCCCGCCGCUACUGUGCCCCCUUCGUCUACCAUGCCUACUUCUUCUACUACUGCUGCUGUUGAGGAUGAUGAUGAUGGAUUUGGUGAGUUUCAAACGUCUUCCGCUCUUCCAACUGCCGCUACAGUUCCUGGAAACGAUGACGAUGAUGCUUUUGACGAUUUUCAGAGUGCACCCUCAGUUCCUUCUGCAUCUGUAGGAAUGGGAAAUAUGGCUUCGUUCAAUUCCCUUCCUUCUCUUUCUUCUUCUGUUGCUGGUCCCUCGUUUGGAAACGGUGCUUCUUCGAACGUUGGUACUCCCACUUUCGUCGGUCUCUCCUCCCAAAACCUUCCCUCCUCCAAUCAAGUUACCCAAACAGCUAAGGUUACUAAAGCUGGCAGCUCUGGUGGAGAUGCUUUUGGGAGCCUUUGGAGUUCUGCCGUAACCAAAGUAAAGCAUGAUGACCAUUCCAAACUGGGUACUAAUCCACCACAAUCCUCAAUGGCUCCUGCCGUCUCUACAUCGUCUAUUCCGGCUACUUCCAAUCUUCUCUCCAGUGACGACAAUAACCUUCUUCUGUGAGUCCCCAACUAAUUAUUGAUAAUUAUGAAGUUUGCACAUUAGCUUGAAAUUUGUUUCUUCUGUUCAUUCUGAAUUGGGCUUCAUGAUUGAGUAAAAAUGACUUUGCCGCGUUCACUAAAAGCUCAUGAAAACUAACCCGCUGAUUUUACUUUGUCUUUGCUUAUGUCAAUUAUUUCAUUUCUUUCUUUGAUAAUAUUGCGAAGCUUGCUAUACUUUUCUCUCCCUCCUUUAUCAAGUCGUUUUUGUUUUUUAUAAUUUGAUCUAAACUAACUGUUCACAUUCCUGUUUAUGAUUGCUACAAGCUGCCUUGUAUCCUAUUUAUGCACAAUAUUGGAGAAGACGUGGAUAGUCAGUCCUUUAUGCUGGAACUAUGUAUUUUAGUCUUCCACUCAUAAAAAGAAAGCUUUCGUUUGUUGGGUGAAAACGCGCCAAUCGUAAGGAAGCGUUGUACGUAAAGCAACUUAUAUAUAUUUUGCAGGAUCUACCUGGAUAUCUAGAUAUUAAAAUCCAUAUAAUUUAAUAAAUAAUGCUUACUGAACGGUAUAGUGAAAUAAUGAAAUUGUAUUAAUAAGCCA